GGUGAAGGGGAGGAGAGAUUGGGGAAGGAGAAAGGAGAAAGCGAAGAGAAAGGGAAAUGGAAAGGAGAGAGGAGGUUACCGUACUUUUUCAUGGAAAGACAGUGGCAAAUGUGUGACCAUCUUUAAAAGAAAUUUUCUGAAGACCCAGAGAGAAAGAAGUCCAAAAAAGGAAAGUAAGAGGCUAUGUUUUCCUUGUUCUGCUGUUUUAUCUCUGCCUCCCUCUCUCUCUGGAAGAUUACCCACAGGACACAAAGAUGCCGAGCUGGUCCCUGCAUGCACAAGUUCAGUUCAGCUGGUGCUUCUCUCCUGUUUAGCUCGACAGAUUUCUCUGAAGGGGUGGACUCACAGACUGACAGCCCAUUAGUUUAACCUGAAGAGUGCGUGCCACCUCUCUGCCCAUUCCCAAAGCUUGCUGGAGGUGGAGGUGAGAGGAAAAUACUUGAAAGUGCCAAGGAGCUCCUGAUGCCAAAAGACGACAAAUAGUCUCUUGGGUGAAUUAGAACGGACAGAGAAGACUGAUUUAUUGCUGUUUUCUGUAGAAGUUUCCUCCCUUUGGUGAAAACCUGUAUUUGGAAAUCUUUGAAAACACAAAACAAAAUACCAAUCUCGAAGCCCCAACCCCGUGGUUAGCUCUUAUGGGAAUGAAACACUCCUCCCGCUGCCUGCUCCUGAGGAGGAAAAUGGCGGAGAACAGUGCCGAAAGUACUGAGGUCUGCCCUGUCCCAUCCCAGACUCCUCAGCCUACUGUUGUUCCAAAGCCAGUUCAGUCUGUCAUACAUGUCCCAUUGCAACCAGGCUGUCCAGGCCGAGGCAAAAUGGCAAAGCUCCUCAGUCCAGAAGAGAUGACAUCCAGGGAUUAUUACUUUGAUUCCUAUGCUCACUUUGGAAUUCAUGAGGAAAUGUUAAAGGAUGAAGUGCGUACAUUAACUUACAGAAACUCAAUGUAUCACAAUAAACAUGUUUUUAAAGAUAAGGUUGUCCUUGAUGUUGGAAGUGGCACAGGAAUCCUCUCCAUGUUUGCUGCAAAGGCAGGAGCCAAGAAAGUAUAUGGGAUUGAAUGUUCAAGUAUAUCUGACUACUCAGAAAAAAUUAUCAAGGCCAACCACUUGGACAAUAUAAUCACAAUAUUUAAAGGUAAAGUGGAAGAAGUUGAAUUACCUGUGGAUAAAGUUGACAUCAUUAUCAGCGAGUGGAUGGGUUAUUGUCUUUUCUAUGAGUCAAUGUUAAACACAGUCAUCUUCGCACGAGAUAAAUGGCUGAAACCAGGAGGGCUAAUGUUUCCAGACCGAGCUGCUUUGUACGUGGUAGCAAUUGAAGACAGGCAGUACAAGGACUUCAAAAUUCACUGGUGGGAGAAUGUGUACGGCUUUGACAUGACCUGUAUUAGGGAUGUUGCCAUGAAGGAGCCUUUGGUGGACAUAGUAGAUCCAAAGCAAGUGGUGACCAAUGCCUGUUUAAUAAAGGAAGUAGAUGUUUAUACAGUGAAGACUGAAGAACUGGCAUUUACUUCAGCAUUCUGCCUCCAAAUUCAGCGUAAUGAUUACAUUCAUGCAUUGGUCACCUAUUUUAAUAUUGAAUUUACAAAGUGCCACAAGAAGAUGGGAUUUUCUACAGCACCUGAUGCUCCCUAUACUCACUGGAAGCAAACUGUUUUCUACUUAGAGGACUAUUUAACUGUGAGACGAGGAGAAGAAAUCUAUGGGACUAUAUCCAUGAAACCAAAUGCAAAAAAUGUGCGCGACCUGGAUUUCACCGUAGACUUGGAUUUUAAAGGACAGCUAUGUGAAGCAUCAGUAUCUAAUGACUACAAAAUGCGCUAGCAAGAAACCUUUCAGAGAGACUAAACGAAUUCUAUCAAGUCCUGAGCUGCUGAACUUCAAGCUAGGAACAAAUGUUUUCAUGAUUACUAUAUUAAAUAUUAAAAUGCUUACUCCAGUGGAAAGCGGUAACAUAAUCCCUCUUACAGAUGGCAUAGAGGGCUGGGAUCCCACUGUGAAUGUACAGUAUACAGAACUACAGCUUCUGUCAAAUAUACAGGGAAAACAAAGAACAGACUUGAGCAUUCUGUUUAACUUUAGGAUGGCAGAAGAUACGUAUAAAAUUGUACUAUUUAUAAUGAUUUUCUGGUUCUUCCAAUCUUUGCAUGUUACAAGUGAUUAGGGCAGUUUCGUAAAUAUUGAAGACCACUAAAAGACAUGAUAGCUGAACUUAUGUUCAAUAUAAAUACUUUAUAAUGUAGUAUAAAAUAGUAUACUAUAAUAUGAUAUAUACUGUAUAUGAGAAAAAUGUCUAUUCAUAAUAGGAACUAAUUUUGCAAUUACUUGAUUUUAAAUAUGCAGUUAUAGAAAGAUGAUGACAUUACUCUAGACAGUGAUACAUUUCAAUUCUAAUUAACUGCGCAAAUUAUAGUUUUGGGAAAUACUCUGAGUAAAAUGUAGAUAAGAGCUGGGAGUUUAUAAAGGAUCAACAAGUAUCUCAUACAAUAUCAUCUGGAAACUGUGGACCAUGAACUCUAAAAUUCACCUUCAUAACUGGAUGUUUGUAAGAGCUUUAAAGAACAUCAGCUUUUUAUCAUUGCAAAUAUUCUGUGGUGAGUUUUUAUAGUUGGAUUUUGCAUGAGACCUGAAAUCAGACACAUAGUAUUUAAAUGUGAUGAAUGCAAAGUCUCUGAAAUGGUGGGUAAUUCAUGUUUUGUGGCCAUGUAGUUUUUGCCCAUUUGAGUUGUAUGCAAGAUUCUUAAUACAAAAUCAUUUUAAAAACUAGGGAGUUAGCGUUUCCUUUCAUUAAUGUUUCAAAUAAGUUUCAAAUUGCAGAUGCUAUUCUCAAGGAUGCAAUGGUAUGCUGGAAUGUCUUAAAAUAUAUAUAUAUUGCUUCCAAUAUUACUAAGAUGUCUGUAGCUUCCCCAUCCUCUUACACUCCUUGUUUUUCUUAAGAAUAUGCUUAUACAUAAAUAUUGGCUGUUUGUAAUUAUUCAUAUGUAUUUUUACUGUAUGAACCACUUAAUCACAAGUAACUUGUCAAAAAGUAAGUCAUCAGUCCUAACUAUGCAUCUUCUAGCCUCUAUAGUGCAGCACACUAAACCAUGUUCCAUGGUUCUUUUGCCUGAAAAAUCUUUUUAAUCACCUAUAAAUAAAGCUUACUUAAAUAUGCAAGCAAACA